CAACGGACCACCGUCUUCCACCGAUUCAGUACUGCAGAAUCUAUUAUUUCUAGAGCAUCGCUCGUUGUUUUUUUUUUUUCGUGCCUCCAGUUUCUAGAAUUUUAAGUUCGUCCCCUAAACGGAGUUAUGUCCCAGGGAAAAAUUUGAAUGUUGCUGAAUGCUCCUGAAAGUGUCAAUAGUUACUAGUGCAAAAUGAAACGAUUUUAUAAAUUCUUUGUUCUAUCGCUGGUGCUCGGAACGGUCAGCUUCGGGCAGAUCAGUUGUCAACAAGAAAAUCUUCCGGUGGCAGAGGGCAGUGGAGAUGAAACUGGGACUGAAGAAAAUUUGCCAUUCGAAGAUUAUUACACCGGACAUUCGGACUCUGGGGAGGAAGGAAAUAAUCCAUCGGACGAUUACUAUCCGGGAGUUUGGUACGAGGACGACUAUCUGGAUGGCAGUGAUCUUGAAAAAGUGGACCUCGUCAACGCCACUCUGCUUCCAAUUCCGGAAAGAGCAACCGACGUAACAGAUGAACCUACGACAGAAAAUCCCAUUUCAGCGUGUCCACCGGCUGGCAACGAUGGAAACCUGACAUCUCCUGGAUUUCCCAAACCCUAUCCCAAUCAGAUGGAUUGCACGUGGAUCUUCUCAAUCGAAGCUGGAUCAGGAAUUGAAGUAGUUGUCCAUCAGCUGAACUUAAGCCACAAAACAGACUACCUGUUCAUCAAACCUGGUUACUCGGAUGAGGCCGACGAAAAAGGCAUUAUGCUGACCGGAUAUAUUGAAGAGCCUUACAAGCUUUUGAUCUCGCAUCGAACGACUUUCACGGUACAGUUUGUAUCGAACCAUACCGAACAAGAUGACGGAGCAGAACCACUCCAUGACUAUCCGGGAUACCGAUUGACGUACGUGCCAUUCGGGCAGAAGGUAUCGCCGGCUCCACCGACCACAACGGAGGCUAUCGUGCCCCAGGAGGUGCUCCAAUGGAUUCAACGGACGGUCACCAUUCAGAAAUCGAAACUGCUAAUCAUCAGUACCUGGGACCGGGUGAAGGAAACGCUGGCCAACGCGACCAACGAGUUUCUGGGGCUCAACAACUGGCCCUAUCAACUGGCACGAGCCGGGGACAUCAAGCUGCAGGUUCGUCGCUGCCCGGAAACCUGGCCCAACUUUGAGGAGUGUGUCACGCUCAAGUUUGCGAUUCCUUUACGCCCAAACGUCACCACCGACAUCAGUGCACCGCCAGUAGUGCCAGCGGACGAGAACGCCGCGGGGGGCCGGAUAUUAUCGGAUUGGCCCGAGGCCAGAGGGUUCAUCACCAUCACCAGCACCGAGGCUCCGGAUCCCGUUUACGAGCUGUCCGAGCGAAGUCUGGAGCAAAUGUGGAACCAGUUCGGUGUCCAGGCCCUGGCAGCCGAGGGCGUUCAAGAAUACCUGUUGCAGGAGAACUCUUCGGUCGUGUACAUCUGGAUCGGGAUCAGUUUGUGCGUUUUGCUGGCGUUCAUUUUCGUGCUGUACAGCAUUUGGAAGAUUGACAUCUUCAAGGACUAUCGCAGAAUCACAAAAAUGCGCUCCGAAGUUCAAGAUGACGACAGAAGCGAGCUCAAGAAAAAGGAGUUCGAUAUUUCAAUGUUCCCAUCACCUCAUCAAAUUGUGCCCAGUUUGUUUCCCACCGGUGAUCCGUUUGGUGAUCGCCGUAGUACGGAUGCCUAUUAUGCCUACGAUAAUUCUGCCAUGAAGCGAUGGGCAGAGGAGGAGGAAGAAAAGGACAAAUUCGACGAGAGAGAUUUCCCAACUCCCAGGAAGGCCUCCUAUGAACCUUUCUCUCCGGCACCAAUGGAAUUUUCAGCCGCAGACUUUGAUCCAACAACGGUUCAGAACACUCAGCUUAACAGCGGAAAGCCCGUCACGAAUCAGCCUUUUCAUUUUCCGGAAGCACCAGGAGAGGAUGCUCCCGGAUCUCGCAAAUUCUCAUCGCUUGCGUAAACGGGGCAUCUGAUUUACUCUUGUUUCUAUAAAGAAUCUUUUUAACUUUUGACGAGGCGUUAUUCAUUCUGAUCCGUUUAUUUCAACAGGUUUGUUUCGAAUAAAAUACUUAAAGAUUAA